UAUCCCUGAGAAAAUGGACUCCUGAGGCCGUACCCAAAUAGUUAAGCGAAUUUGUUAGAAUAAAACUACGAAAGUCCAAAAUAAGGAAUAACGACACAAAUACAAGACAGCAGCUGGAUCGUGGGGACCUCAGCGACAGACAGCGUUUAUCUCCAUCUUCUCUCCCUUCGACACUGAUGGAGGGCUCCGACAUGUCGAGCCGGGCCAGUGACCAACCAGAGGCCAGGCAGGCGGCAACGGGACGGCUAGACCGGGAGGAGGCCUUCUACCAGUUUGUCAACAACCUGAGUGAGGCAGACUACCGGCUGAUGAGAGACAACAACCUGCUGGGUACCCCAGGUGAGAUCACAGCAGAGGAGUUGUUGAGUCGGCUGCAGCAGAUUAAGGAUGGACCAGAGCAGCAGCAGCCUAGCAUCAACACCAGUGAGACUGGAGAAGCUACAGGAGGUCCUCAUGGUAGACAGGAGGAUGUGCUGGAGGAACCAGUUGUGGAGGAGCUGGCUGUCAUAGUGGAACCAGAAGUGGAGAUGGAGCCAGAGGCUGAAGUAGAAGCUGAGCCAGAAGUAGAAGCAGAGAUGGUCCCAGAGUUAGUAGUAGAGGUAGUCCCACAGCCGCCCAGUCCUGUCACCACCACCCCUCCUGUCUCCAGACCAGCCAGUCCCCUGGUGCAAGCCCCUCCAGCCACCCCGGCCCCUGCCCCUCCCAGCCCUCCCCCUGAGGAGCCUCCGCGACGUGGCCAGAGACGAGCCCGCAGCCGUAGCCCCGAGCAGCGCCGGACCAGGGCUCGCACCACACGGAGCCGUUCCCCCCUCACCCUGGACCGACUGGACGGCCUCCCCCGCCACGUGCCCAACGCCGCCCCUUCACACAGCCCCCCCACCCUGCCCCCCCAGGCCCCCGCAGAGGGAAGCUCACGGACUCGACAGCAUGUUCUGUCCCGGCAGAGCACCGCAGAGUACGAGGUCCAGUCAGCCGGAACAGGGUCUGAGACCGCCCCAGAGCCCGUUACCACCCCACCCCAGGAGGGAGAGGCCGCGGGCGGGGAUGGAGCAGCGGGACGACGUCCCCCCACCAUCAUGCUGGACCUGCAGGUGCGUCGUGUUCGUCCAGGUGAGUACCGCCAGAGGGACAGCAUUGCUAACAGAACCCGCUCACGCUCCCAGAACUCCAACAACACCUUCCUGUACGAGAGUGAGAGGGGGGGAUUCCGCAGGACCUUCUCCAGGUCRGAGCGUGCGGGUGUGAGGACGUACGUCAGCACCAUCAGGAUCCCCAUCAGGAGGAUCAGUGACGCAGGGUUGGGAGAGGCCACCUCCAUGGCUCUGCAGACCAUGAUACGACAGAUCAUGACCGGCUUCGGAGAGCUCAGCUACUUCAUGGACUCAGACUCUGACUCCUCGGACUCAAACCGUGGCGGUGGUAACCCCACUGGCGCUGCCGACCUGGCCGAGGCGCUCAACACUCCCGAGGGGGGAGUAGCCGGUAUGGCGGAGGGGGCGGAGCCUCCUGUCUCAGUGAGCGGGCAUAGUAUGGGAGGAGCCGGGGAGGCAAGGACAGAGGAGAGGGAGGGGGAGGAKGGGAUUGGUCUGGGUCUGGCCCCAGGGAUAGGUUUAGGGGUGGGGGGCACCCCCAGGGAGGGGCGAGCUCGGCCCCGUGCCCCCAUCAGUUUGGAGGAACCAGGGUCACUACCCUUCCUCCGCCUUGCUCACUUCUUCCUCCUGAAUGAUGAGGAUGAGGAACAGCCCAGAGGACUCACCAAGGAGCAGAUCGACAACCUCUCCACCAGGAACUUUGGGGAGAGUGAUGCUCUGAAGACCUGCAGUGUGUGUAUCACAGAGUAUGCUGAGGGGAACAAGUUGAGGAAGUUGCCCUGUUCUCAUGAGUACCAUGUUCACUGUAUCGACCGCUGGCUGUCUGAGAACUCCACCUGUCCUAUCUGCCGCAGGGCCGUGCUGGUGUCUGCUAACCGGGAGAGUGUGGUCUAGAACCUGAUGAGCGGAGCUCAGGG